GUGGGUUUGAGGUGUGCUUUGGCAGUUACAUGGUCCUCAGCUGCAUCACUUUUUAGUCCCGCAACAACCCCACCCUAAGACGAGCAGAGCUUCAGCUCUGUCUUCCAAAAACACCACUCCGCCUAACAAUCCUCACGCUGCAGCUUAUAGCCUUCGUUUCCUAGACAGAAUUCCUGUGAUACCAUUAACAACUGCCCACCAUGGCUCGCAAGUUCUUUGUCGGCGGCAACUUCAAGAUGAACGGGACCAAAGAGUCCAUCAAGAGCAUCGUCAAGGGACUGAACGAGGCUCAAUUGGACUCCAACGUUGAGGUCGUGAUCGCUCCCCCGGCCCUCUACCUCCAGCUCGCGCGGGACGAGCUCACCAAGGCCGGCGUCGAGGUGGCGGCCCAGAACGUCUACGACAAGCCCAACGGCGCCUACACCGGCGAGAUCAGCGUGUCACAGCUCAAGGACCUCGACGUGCACUGGACCAUCCUGGGCCACUCGGAGCGCCGGACGCUGCUCAAGGAGACGGACGAGGUGGUGGCGUCCAAGACCAAGUUUGCCGUCGACGGCGGCGUCAGCGUCAUCUGGUGCUGCGGCGAGUCGCUCGAGGAGCGCGAGGCCGGCAAGACGGUCGAGGUUGUCGAGCGCCAGCUGGCGGCCGUCGCCGCCAAGGUUUCGGCCGGCGACUGGAGCAAGAUUGUCAUCGCCUACGAGCCGAUCUGGGCCAUCGGCACCGGCAAGGUCGCCACCGUCCAGCAGGCCCAGGAGGUGCACGAGGCCAUCCGCAAGUGGCUCCGGGCCAACGUCGGCGAGGCCGUCGCCGACGAAACGCGCAUCCUCUACGGCGGCAGCGUCAACGGCAAGAACUGCAAGGACCUCGCCAAAGAGAAGGACAUUGACGGCUUCCUGGUCGGCGGUGCCUCGCUGAAGCCCGAGUUCGUCGAUAUCAUCAACUCCAACCUCUGAGGAAUGGAAGUGGGCAAGGCUCGCCCUGGAUUGCUCAGGAAUUACGAAAAAGCAUAAGCAUGCUGGGCGAAGAUAUAGAGACGAACGACAAUUCUCCAAUACACCUAAAUCCAGUAUCCAGGCAUCCAUCCAAGCCAUGCACAGUUACAGCA